ACCUCCAUCUUAACCCCCUUUCCUUUCUCUCUCUUUCUCCAUAGGGACCUAAUGCCUAAAACCCUGGAGGGCCAGAUCACCAUGGAGAAAACACCAAGCUACUUUGUGACCCACGAGGCUCCGGCCCGGAUCUACGCCAUGUCCCGCGACACCAAGGUGAUCGUGGUGGUCCGGGACCCCGUCACUCGAGCCAUCUCUGACUACACGCAGACACUGUCCAAGAAGCCUGACAUUCCUACUUUUGAGAGCCUGACGUUCAAAAACAGGACUACAGGGUUGAUCGACACCUCGUGGAGCGCCAUUCAGAUCGGCAUCUACGCCAAACACCUGGACAACUGGCUGCAGUUCUUCCCCAUGAGCCAGAUCCUGUUCGUGAGCGGAGAGCGGCUGAUCAGCGACCCGGCCGGAGAGCUGGGCCGUGUGCAGGACUUCUUGGGGCUCAAGAGGAUCAUCACAGACAAACACUUCUACUUCAACCAGACCAAGGGCUUCCCUUGUCUCAAAAAGGCCGAGGGCAGCAGCAAGCCCCAUUGCCUGGGUAAAACCAAAGGGCGGACCCAUCCAAACAUUGACCCUGAGGUCGUGCAGCGACUUAGAGACUUCUACAGACCUUUCAACAUGAAGUUCUACCAGAUGACUGGGCAUAACUUUGGUUGGGAUUAACCGUGAAUGGAGGACUCGUUGUUUUCUUUCUUUCUCUGUGUAUUUGAAAUGGCAAAAAGACAUUGAGAUGAUUGCUAUAUAUAUGUAAAAUGUACAGAAAUCUAUUUUAUAAUAAUUUAUUUUUAAUUUCUAAGCAAUUAAUUCACUAAGCUGCCUAACCAUACUGUACAUAACGUCCGGCCCAACUCUAGUCUCACCACCGACAUUCCACGUUUUUGAUUUACUGUGCAUUUUUCCAUUCACAAUGAAUUUAACGGUGCUUCCGAAAUUGAAAAUGGUUUGACAAACAAAAACA